AUGCCUCAGCCUAUUUUUCCUGAAUAUUCUUCAUCACCAGAUAGGAACAUUUUACCAAGAAUAAGUACAAAUAUUAAAGGAGACUAUAAAUUGAUAAAUAUUAAAAUGAAAAAAAAAGUAUCAAUUCUAGUAGAAAGUUUAAAUAUUCUUCUAGCAUUUAUAACAUUUAUCAUUUUGUCAAUAAUUUUUUAUCAGUUAUUAAUAUAUUAUUUAACAAGUAGAAAUAAUACUUUAGAAAAGAUACCAUUAAAUAAUAAUGAAACUUUUGAAAAUCUUAUAUUACGAUUAAAUGAUAUUGAUGAAGAUAAACCAAAGGAGGAAGAUAUUAUAAUUUCAUGGGGUAAUUUGAUAAAACAUAGUGGUACUAGUAAAAUUCAGAAACCAUUAUUUACUUAUGUUAAUGAAGAUUUAUUUAAAAGACCUGUUUAUAAAUCAUUAAUAGAUAUUUAUAAUAAUCUUAUUUUUCGACCACCAGUUUGUAAGGAAGAUCUUGAGAUAGAAGGAAAAAAAAAAAAAUUAAUUGAUAAUUUUUUAAAUGUAUAUACAAAUACAACUAUAUUUAAGAUGGCAUAUAAAUAUCUAGUGGAUACAUAUAAGAUUUCAAAUGAAUGGAAUAAUUUUUAUAAUAGAUUACAUGUAUUUUGGUUUGGUACAUAUUCACGUUGUCAUGGAGCUUUAGGAUCCAGUGGGUGGGAGCACGUGUUUAGUGGAGAAUGGAAAAAUGAUGAAAUUGAUGGACAUCAUAAUUGGAUUAGAUAUUAUUUAUUACAACAGGAAAAUAGAAUAAAGUACUAUGGUCAUAUGGGUCACACAGGAAAUGUAACGGGAAAAAUUCAAUAUACUUGGGAUGGAUAUUUAAAAAAGGUUGGAGGCUUUUUUAUGAAAACAUCUCCAUCAUUUGAUUUUACAGUUUUAACAUUAUGUUCACUUCCGGAAUAUGGUAAAAGAUUAUGUCAUUUCAAAAUUUACGAUUAUGAUAUUGUUGUAACAUCCUUCCAUCAAAAAUGUCUCGAAGGAAUUUGCUUAUCAACAGCUUAUCCUUCAUAA